UUCAUAAAGCAUGUUGGUCCCAAUGUGUACAGGAUUGUUUAGUCAUGGGGACUCAUCUCUACCUAGAUUUGCUUGUCCUGGCUGUUUUUGCAACAACUGUUGCCAAUGCAGACAUCAAUGUGGUCUGUGCAAACAACUCCGUGAGGGUGACAUGGAGGGUGAAUGCGGAGCUGGUGCCGUAUGCAGCUCGACUCUUUCUUGGAAACUGCAUGGCAUCUCAGUGGAAGGUUCUGCCCUCUGGAGAGGGGGAAGCACAGUUCAACUAUACGUUUUCCGAGUGCAAGUUUACUAAAAUGGUAAAGGGAAAACGCAUAUUCUAUCAGAAUGAAAUGAGCUACAGGCCACAGACAAAGCCAAACCCUCCAGAUUUUGUGCAUCCCAUUGAAUGUGUUUACAGAAGACCCAAGGAUUGGAUUCCCCGAUUCGUGAACCCUGGAUAUGGGGUUUCCGAGGGUCACGGCAGGCUGGUCUUCCAUAUGGCGCUUCUCAAUGAGGAGCUAUCAAGCAUAGCAAAGACGAACAUCAUUCCUCUGGGCUCCCCCAUGCCAAUAUGGGCAGCAGUGGAGCAGAAGUCUCAUCAGCCACUGCUGUUGCUCAUGGAGGAAUGUGUCGCAGCCCCCACAGCUGAGCUGCGGCCCAGCAGCCAGGUUUACCCAAUCAUUGGAAACAAGGGGUGUCUUUUAGAAAGCAAAAAAGAGAAUUCGAUGUUUCUGCCUCGGUACCACUCUUCUGCAAUCAUCCUCUACCUCCAGUCCUUCAACUUUGGUUUCAGAGAGGUGUACAUCCACUGUAAACUGGCUGUGUGGGAUCCUCAAAAUUUUGCCGAAAGCAAGAAGGCCUGUCAUUAUAUAAAGGGAACUAACAGAUGGGAGCUGCUUGAUGACCCAUCCCGAAGCUCCCUCUGUAACUGCUGUGACUUGAGCUGCAAGUCUCGGUCCAGGAGGGGUGUUGAAUGGGCAUCAGACGGUCAGAGUCACAAUUCUGUGUUGGGACCCCUAAUCAUUGUGGACCAAUCUGACUUGAGGGACAGUGACACAAUGAUGGAGUCUGCCACUACAGCUGACCCACAGCUCAAAUAAGCUGUGCGACGAAGCUUGGUCAAAACGGAUAUCGACUGCAGUAUGACUGAAGGAUCUGAUGGCGGAUAACCUCCGAGGACGUCACGAUUGUGUGAUUUUUUUUUUUUUUUUUUUUUUUUUUUUUUUUUUUUGCGUAAUCAUUAUUCUGGGGUUUUUGUUUUAAAAUGAUACUUGUUCUUGGUAUAACUAAAACAUUGUAAACUCUUACUUGUGACUUUGUUCUGUCAAACACCAGCCAUUUUUAUGUGAUACUGCUGCUUUUCAGAGAUGCUGUGCAUCAGUAGGAAGGUGGGCCCUACUGUCAAAUGCCUUCUAAAUGUAAAAGUCACAUUUCUGGAAUUGCAUUUGAAUCCAAUAAAUGACUAUUCUGUAUAAACUGA